CUUGGGGUUCAUCUCAACUCUCAAGAUGAUGACACCGUAAAUACAAACAGAGAUUCAUUUGAUACGGUAGAUUUUAGCUGAGAAGAAGGAAGCCACUGUGAGAUCUACUUCUCUUCGCACGCAGAUCCAUCCUUAUAGAAACCCAAACCCAAACCCCGCCACGCGAUGCGUUUCAAAUCCCAACUCUAAACCCCCGAUCCGGCGUCGUUUCGCGAACCCACCCAUAAUGGGUGCGACCCAGUCAGUGCAAGUGGUGGAAGACAGCGAAGAGGAAGAGGAACAAGAGGAAGAAGAAGACGAAGACGACGACGACAGGAACCUCAACGGGCCCAUGGGCCGGGCCCAAUUGGGGAACCACAUGGUGAAGAAGGUUCUGGAACAGGAGCCGGAGAUGCUGCCGUGCCACGCCUCCGCGUCGCCGCUCUCGCCGCAGCUCUCGUCGCUCGGCACGCCGCGCCUCGGCCCCUCGAUCAAAGUCUGGGACCCUUACAACGUCCUCGGCCCGCCGCCGCCGCUGCCGUCGCCGCCCGCGCUCUCGCGGAGCUUCUCCGCGAACGGGAUGGCCGCCGACGACGAGGUCACGGAGGUUUUCCUGAUCAGUCACGGCGAGUGUGAGCUCAAUUUGGCGCCGGAUUUGGUCGGCGGCCGGUGCCCCGCCGCGGCGCUCACGCCGAACGGGAUGCGCCAGGCUAGGGCACUCGCCGUCUUUCUCAAGUCGCAGGGAGUUCGGUUCAGCGCCGUGUACUCGUCGCCGUUAGAUCGGGCGCGGUCCACGGCGGUGUCCGUGUGUAAGGAAAUCAACUUUUCAGAGGAACAAAUUCAAUCCUCUGAUUCUCUUGCAGAGAUUAGUCAAGGGAAUUGGGAAGGCUGCCUUCGAUCAGAAAUAUAUACCCCUGAAAUUCAGGGCCUAAUUGACAGGUUUCAGCCGGAUUUCACUGCACCUUCUGGUGAAUCACUUAGACAAGUAGAGUUCCGGAUGAUUCACUUCUUAAAUGGAACUGUCCUGGGAUUACAUGAAAAAUUGAGAUUAGAUUUAUCAUCACAUCAAAAUGAAAACCAGGCAUUCGCACAGCACAACUCCCAUGCCCUUCUGACAAACUCAAUUCAUGACCAAGAUGGACCUUCUCUCCCACCCAAUCAAUGGGAUUUACUCAACAAGCACCGGCCUGCAUUCUCAAGGAAAAAGUCUGGUAAGAGCAGAUUGCAAUUUGUGACAACCACUGGCGUUGAAAUUGAAGAUGAAAUUUCUUCUGGCAACGUAAACCACCAAAGUUCUCUGCAUAAUUCUGGUUUCAGCAGCUUUUCACCAUCUGUGUCUUGUAUAGGACUAUUUACUCAUUCUGUGCCUAUUAAGUGUCUCCUGACGGGCCUUCUUGGAUGUAGUCCUAUGAUGUCACAUAAGUUUUGCAUAGAAGACUCUUCAGUGACUGUGUUGCAGCAUUCUCUGAGAACUGGUUGGCAGAUAAAAAGGUUGAAUGAUACAGCACACCUUAGGCUUCUCUAGUUAGAGAAGCUGUACGUAAGGAUCUGAAUUUUUGGCUUUGGUUUGGAUAUAAAUUUAGCUUGGCUGUUGAUAUAUACCGAUUCACAAGAAUUGAGGCCUUUUUAUUGUAACCUUAAUUUAUUUAUGCACUGGUCUAUUCCAAAAGAGGAAUGAUGCAGGAGUUGGACUGUUGUAUUAAAUUCUUUUUGGUUUGUAGCAUUACUGAAGUUGUUGCAAUACAUCUACAUGCCAUGUAUUUCCAUGUACUUAAAAAGAUACAAUUGUUUCGGAAUUCAAUAGCUUUGGAUAUAGUAUUUUAUUC